CGCCGCGCCAAGUGCUGCUUGGCAGUUGAGAUGUCAGUUCAGGUAACAGCAGAAGUCUGAUGUGUGCUCGCUUCUACGUUGAGCUCACCAAAUGACGGGUUAAUAGUUCUAAUUCAACACCGCCUAACUGAACCAAAGGAAUCAAAGAGAAGACUGCUCUGAUUUACAGAUAUGGGGGCCCUGAUAUCCCGAUGGAAGACAAAGCCAACCACAGUUGAGCAGCUGGAGAGCCUUGACAAGGAGAUUAAAGAGCUGGAGGAGUUUAGAGCCAAAAACCAACGGCUGCAAAAGCUGUGGGUCGGUCGGUUGCUUCUCUACUCGUCAGUCCUGUAUCUGCUGACCUCUCUGAUUGUGUACUGUCUCUACCUACCUGAACAAUGGUUGCAGAGACUAGCCAUGGCUCUACCUUUCUUCAUAUACCCUGUGCUGGUGUGGUUCAUCAGGAAGUUCUUGGUCUUCCUUUUUUCCAAGCGCACUGAGAGAAACAAUGAUAAACUAGAAGAUUUAAAGGCUGCCAAAAAAAAGAUUCUGGAGGAAGUGAUGGAGACAGAAACAUACAAAAAUGCCAAACUCAUCCUGGAACGCUUCGAUCCUGAAGCUAAGAAGAAAGCUGAGCUGGAGUCAACUCCAGUGCGUCCUCAGAUGACUCCUAGGCCAGGACAAGAGAUUCGACAGAGAGGGGUGGCAAUGAGACCCAUGCCGAUGGGAACCCCGACUGCAAUGGCAAUGACUCCAGUGGGAGCACGGCCCCCGUUGGGACCAGGGGGCACACCUGUGGAACCUGUUCCUCUCUCAGCUCCAGGAGGACCACCGGAGAGAUCGGCUCUGUCUGCCUCUCUACUCCAAGGGGCAGUUCCCAGGACCCCCUGCUCCCCUAUACCAGGUGUAGGAAUGCACCCACCAGGUCCUCCAUUGGCAAGACCCAUUCUACCCAGAGACAGGGGAGCUGUGGACCGAGUCAUUGAGUAUUUGGUAGGGGAUGGACCACAGAACAGAUAUGCUUUGAUCUGCCAACAGUGCUUUUCUCAUAAUGGCAUGGCUCUGAAAGAAGAGUUUGAGUAUCUCGCGUUUCGUUGUGCAUAUUGCUACUUCCUGAAUCCUGCCAGGAAGACACGCCCUCAGGCUCCCAGGCUUCCAGAGUUCAGCUAUGAGAGGAGGCUGAGAGCAGAAUCACGUUCGCCUGGACCAACACCUCGUUCUGGGACAGAGACAGAGGAGAGUGCGCCCCCUUCUGGAGCCAAGGCUCCGGCUCCAUGGAAUUUGGUCCACAGUUUCCAGAUCCAGCAGAGUCCAAAGAACCCUCAGAACCGACCUCUGCAGAGUCCAGAUGAGAAAGAGUUGGAGGAAGAUGAAGGACCCACUCAGGAAGUAGAGAGUGAGACCCAAUCAGAGGAGCAGCCACAGCAGCAGCAGGAGGAGGAGGAGGAGGGAGGAGAAGUGGUUCAGGAGGAGGAAGAGGUGGAAACAGAGCAGAGUCACAGCACCCCCUGUGAGACAGAAUCUCAACCGUCAUAGUUACAGAGUCGAGAUGAGGACCGGUGACGUCUGAUCAUUCUGUCCAAGCAAAAGGUGUUUGUAUUAGCCAUGAUAGAAGGUGGCAUUUUGUAGGUACACCAGGAUUGUCAGCAACAGUAGUUUGAUUAUAUCUUUCUUCCCUGCAACCAAAGACCUUAUCAGUCUCACUUGUGUUGACGGUUGAAGCUUUUAUCUUCCAUCUUUAUCCUUUUUUUUUUUUUUUUUUUUUGGCCUAAAUUUUUUUUUACCGUCAAACGAGCAUCAUAAUAAGACAAAGCACAUAGAAGAGAUUAUGUAGAUGAUGUGCUUGAAAUGAUGUAGGCUGGCUUCUAAAUUGUUAUUUUCAUCAUUUUUAAUCGUAAAGUUGUCCACUGACAUUGCUUAAAACAGUGCCAACAUAUCAUGGCCUUACCAAUUUGAUUGGUUGACUGGGAAGUUGUAGGAAGAUUGAUGAUUGGAGUGUUUUUUUUAGUAGUUGGCUGCUGCUGAUGCUUGGUACAUGGUGACUGACGUAGAUCUUGUUUCAGUAUUCUAUGAUUUCAGGUUCUUUUAGGUUUGACAUAGUUGAUUGCUGUAUGAUUCUUAAAGGAAAGAGUCAUGAUUUUAGAUAGAACUGCUGGUUCACAAAUGGUUUGUCCUCCGAUGCAGCAAAGACACUUUUAAAUCUAAAUUCCCUCAGUGACCGUGACCCAACUCAGAAAAUGUUAUUCUAAUCAUUGUUUUUUUCGAUAGUGUACAAACUUUUCUCACCUAAGGACUGGGAGGAAACAUUAAACUGAAUGAAGUGCACCAUAAGACAAACCUGUCGUGAACUGGGACAUUUUCAGUUGUGUUUGCAAUCUUUACAAGAAUGGCAUAAAGUUUCAGGGUGCUGCUGUGGCUUUCUUCAUCUCCUGUUUUUAAUCCCCCAUAUAAACUCUUAGCGUAAAAAUGCAUCUCGGAUAAGUUUGUUAUACUCACAUUUAACACUGAUGCAUGUACAUGUUUUAUUCUGCUGAAAAAGACAAGCUGUAUCUGGGACAUGAGAGGUUACCCAGAAAACUGCAGCUCGUGCAUAUGAACAAAGCUAAUGUUUUCCUCGUUAGCUGCACUCAGAUCUGCAGACAGCAAAGGCUCUGGUGUUGGCCAAAAUAAAGGAAUGGAGCAAGUUGUACAUCAAUACUUAAUAGUAAAUGGAUGACACUGACCAGAGAAAGCAGCUGCUGCAAGUCUAUACACUGACUCAUGCCUUGUUUCCUCUUUGUCAGUUAGAAAAUUAAGAUGCAGUCUGAGUUUUUGUAGGCCACCUUCUUUCUGCAGCAACUUGUUACUGCAGUUACCCAGAACACUGUGUAUAGCACCCAGUAACUGAACUCAGAUCAGCCAUCAAUGGUGCAGCAGAAAAUAUGUGUUUUGAGGAGCGUCUUGAUUUGUAGAGAUUUAAAAUGUGCAACUCUUUCCACCAUUCAGUAUAACACUGCAGCUUUGUCUGUUCGCUCCCUGGAUAGAAGCAACAUGUGGCCUCACCCAGCCUUGAACAGUCAGACUUUGCAGAAAUAAUUAUUUUUCAGAAGAAAGCUUUUUUGCACUAUGGGAAAAAUGAACCUCUACAAUUAAUUUUGAGUUGUCGGUCUUAUAAAGAUCUUCCUUUGAGAUGGGGCCUGUCAAGCUAAGCCAACUUACUAUCUUGAGGAUAGCAUUAGUGUUGAUGAACAAAAUAAUGGAUUUAAGAUAAGACUGAAAAUUUUUCUCCAUCUGGUCAUUGCCAAUGUCAAUUCUCAAUAGGAUUAUCAUUUGCCAAAUGCACUGUUGUUUUUUUCUGUAUUUCCUGACUCCAUUUGCACUGAGUUUCUCUGUAUUUAUUUGGCCAUAAUGUUUUUAAAUGUGUUGUUCAGGUAUCGUUGUGCUGUUUGGUUUUAAAAACUUAGAGGCAUAAUCUGUACAUGCCAUUGUACUGUCACAGCUAUUUAAAAGUACAGGCCUGAAUUGGGCUCGAGUUGCUGCAGAUGAGCAUUUACUGAAAUAUUUUAUGUGCUUGUUUGAAUUAGUUUACAGUGUAAUCUGCCUUAUGUCUACCUAAAGUGGCAACAUUAAAAAUUAAGAGGGUUUGUAGUUAAUUUUGCCAGCACUACCACCAAGUUCAUUCUGUUAUUAAAUUGAACCAGAAUAAAUAAUGAGUGUCUAUGCAGAUAUGAACAUGUUGCAUCAACUGUGUUGUACUGGUCUGGUCCUAGAAAGCUAAGUGGGCAAAAUAUUCUUGAUACACAGACUACACAGUACAUAUUAUUUAAUGUGUAUUUUUUAAUGUGUUUAGCCUGGAUUUUCACCUUAAGUCUGUGUAUGUUUCUGAUUAGUUGCUGUCUUGUCAAAAUCUCGCCAGAAUCCAGAAUCAUUUGGCAAAUGUUGUCCAUAAAGUUUCAGGCUAACCUUCUGAAUGUGCACAUGGCAGCAAAAGUGCUUUUGGAAAAUCUGUUGUUCAUUGUUUAGGAGAGACCAUGUAAUGAUUUUAAAGUUGCUUAACUCCUUGACCUGAGCUUUGUCCUGUUAUUUUCCUCCACCAAAAGCUGAAAGUUGUUGCAUCACUCAGCCUUUAUCAGCUCACUGACUUCAUGUUUGGCUGGAUGGGACUAGUGUAAACAAGCUUUGUGUCGCCCAAGAUCCUUGUGUGUCACUUUAAUACUUAAAAACCUGUCAGAUCCUCAGUUUACUCACACUGCCACAUGUAACACCUAUUUACUUUGUCUUCUAGUUUUGUUUUUCUCUGCUGGAUUUAUCGGUUACAUUUUUGCCAAUGCUGGUUGUCAUUAAGUGUGUGCAUGGCACGCCUAAUAAACUUUUUCAACA